CGCGUCGGUCAACGGCAGGCCGGCACUCCGGGACUCCGGCAGCCGGCUAGAUACUAGAUAGAUAGUGAUAGAACUGUGUUUCGCUGUGUUAUUUUAUAUGAAUGUUAUGUUUAUGUAAAAUUUAUUUUGUAAAAUUAACGAAAAGAUCAGAAAAGUAUUGCUAAAUAUUAUAAAGGAUCUCGUUUCUUCCUUAGUGAGUCAUCAUGGCAGCAUUCGAAGAAAUGGCGGUUCUUCCCGAAAUAGGUAAAGCGGUCGAAGAAAUGGAAUGGACAUUACCAACCGACGUUCAGGCCGAAGCUAUUCCCUUGAUUCUGGGUGGCGGGGAUGUUCUGAUGGCCGCAGAGACAGGAAGUGGAAAAACUGGAGCGUUCUGUUUGCCUAUCAUGCAAAUCGUAUGGGAAACAUUGAAAGAUCUUGAAAGUGGAAAAACUCAGAAGGUUGUCAACACACAAGUUUCAGCACAUUGGUUAUUGAAUUUGUGGGAUCGUGGCUCCGCUAUGGCUAUAACUCCUGAUGGUUUACGAUGUCAGUCGAGAGAACAAAAAGAAUGGCACGGUUGUCGAGCUAACAAAGGUGUUCAUACAUCGGGAAAAUAUUAUUUCGAAGCUACCGUUACAGAUGAAGGUCUUUGCCGCGUCGGAUGGUCAACUCCAAUGGCUUCACUCGAUUUAGGUACUGAUAAAUUCAGUUUCGGUUUUGGAGGUACUGGCAAGAAAUCGCACAACAAACAGUUUGACGACUAUGGUGAAGCGUUUGGGAUGCACGACGUAAUUGGUUGUUAUCUCAACCUGGAUGAUUGGAAUGUCAGUUUUUCUAAAAAUGGAAAAGAUUUGGGACAAGCUUUCAGUAUUCCUUCCACUCUUCGUAAAGCAGCGUUCUUCCCAGCAGUGGUGCUGAAGAACGCAGAAAUGUCUUUCAAUUUUGGAGCUCAACCAUUUAAACAUGAUCCAGUCAAGGGAUACAUUGCUGUUUGUCAAGCUCCAAAAAAUUGCGUAAAAAAUUCCGAGGCAGUUAGUAACUCAUCUGGUCAGCAAAAGAAAAUUAAUAACGCACCGCAGGCUAUUAUUAUUGAACCAUCAAGAGAAUUAGCUGAACAGACGUACAAUCAAAUUAUUAAAUUCAAGAAAUAUUUAGAGUCUCCCAAUAUUCAGGAAUUACUUGUUAUUGGUGGUGUCAGUAUUAAGGAACAGAUUGCCGCCUUGUCAGCUGGUGUUGAUAUUAUAGUCGGUACUCCUGGUCGUUUGGAAGAUCUUAUUACAUCCGGCCACCUAUCAUUGACUCACUGCAGAUUUUUCGUCCUCGAUGAAGCAGACGGGUUACUUAAACAAGGUUAUAGUGAUUUAAUCGAUCGUCUUCACAAGCAGAUUCCAAAAAUUACUUCGGAUGGUAAACGGCUUCAAAUGGUCGUUUGCUCAGCUACCUUACACGCUUUCGAAGUGAAAAAAAUGGCUGAUCGUUUGAUGCAUUUUCCCACGUGGGUCGAUUUGAAAGGAGAAGAUGCUGUACCAGAAACUGUACAUCAUGUUGUUGUUAAAGUUGAUCCUCAAAAUGAUAAGUCUUGGCAUUCACUUCGUCAGCAUAUGAAAACUGAUGGAGUUCAUGUCAACGAUAAUGCAAGGCCUAAUAAUCUCACUUCAGAAACUUUAUCCGAAGCUGUUAAAAUGUUGAAAGGGGAAUACUGUGUGAAAGCGAUAGAUACUUUGAAAAUGGACAGAGCUAUCAUCUUUUGUCGUACAAAAUUGGACUGUGAUAAUUUAGAAAAAUAUUUCAAUCAGUUAGGCGGUGGAGCGAAUAAUCCAAAAAAUCCAUACAGUUGUGUUUGCUUACACGGGGAUCGAAAACCACCUGAACGUAAGGCCAACCUCGAAAAAUUCAAACAACAAAAAGCGAAGUUUCUCAUUUGUACAGAUGUAGCAGCUCGUGGUAUUGAUAUUGGAGGUUUACCGUUCAUGAUAAAUGUUACUCUACCGGAUGAAAAAUCAAAUUACGUACAUCGUAUUGGACGAGUAGGUCGUGCUGAACGUAUGGGUUUGGCUGUUUCUCUGGUAUCUACGGUACCUGAGAAAGUUUGGUUCCAUGGAGAAUGGUGCCCCUCGCGCGGUAGAAAUUGUUGGAACACUAAUAUUACUGAUCAAGGCGGUUGCUGCGUUUGGUACAAUGAACCACGAUAUUUAGCCGAAAUUGAAGACCAUCUGAAUGUAACUAUUCAACAAGUAAGUCCAAAUUUUGAAAUUCCUGUCGACGAAUUUGAUGGAAAAGUAGUUUAUGGUCAAAAAAGGCAGAAUACAGGAAGUACGUAUAAAACUCAUGUAGAUCAAAUGACGCCAGUCGUGAAGCAGUUAUCAGAUUUGGAAAGUAAAGUACAACUCGCAUACCUUAAAAGACAUAUAGCUAAAACGGUUUGAUAAUAACUAUUAUUGUAUGUAUUUAGUAUUUUCGCUUUGUAUUAAAAUGUAUAUUUUGUCGAUAAAAUGUUUUUAAAAAAUAAACGAUGAUUUCAUAA